AUGCAGAAGCCAGCGCUGGAGCCCCGAGGGGGCUUUUCAUUCGAAAAUUGCCAGAGAAACGCAUCCCUGGAACGCGUUCUCCCAGAGCUCCGGGCCCCUCAUACGCGCAAAACUGGGACUACGAUUGCGGGUCUCGUUUUCCAGGACGGGGUCAUUCUGGGCGCGGACACGCGGGCCACUAACGACAUGGUCGUAGCAGAUAAGAACUGCGACAAGAUUCACUACAUCGCCCCCAAAAUCUAUUGCUGUGGGGCUGGAGUAGCCGCAGACACCGAGAUGACCACGCGAAUGGCGGCGUCCAACAUGGAGCUACACGAGCUGUCCACAGGCCGCGAAGUCCGUGUGGCUACCGUCACCCGCGUUCUGCAGCAGAUGCUCUUCCGGUACCGCGGUCACGUGGGCGCAUCGUUAAUCGUGGGCGGUGUAGAUGUCAAAGGGCCACAGCUCUAUAGUGUGCAUCCCCAUGGCUCCUACAGUCGUCUGCCUUUCGCGGCCCUGGGUUCUGGCCAGGACGCGGCCAUGGCGAUGCUGGAGGACCGGUUCCAGCCCAACAUGACGCUGGAGGAUGCACAGGGGCUGCUGGUGGAAGCUGUUACUGCAGGGAUCCUAGGUGACCUGGGCUCCGGAGGCAGUGUGGAUGUAUGUGUGAUCACCCAGACUGGUGCCAAACUGCUGCGAACACUGAGCUCACCCACAGAGCCCAUGAAGAGAUCAAACCAAUAUCAAUAUGCUCCUGGGACCACGCCUAUCCUGACCCAGACUGUGAGGCCGCUUACUCUGGAGCUGCUGGAGGAAACUGUGCAGGCCAUGGAGGUGGAGUGA